UAGACAAGUGUGACCUGCAAGUCAAGUCACACUGAAGUCUUUCUCGUUGAAACAGGUGCCGUAGACAGACAAGGGGAUAUAACCAAAACAAAUAAGUUAAAGAAAGAUGAAACUACAGAUAUUCUCCGCAAGUCAUUCCACUGAACCAUCGGUGGAAUUUUGCAAUGAAGGCUCUCUCCUUCCCAUCGAAGAAGAGCUGGGCUCUGAUGGGGAUCUCGCUCCCAACAGCCCGCCCCAGGUGCCUGUUGCCGAGCAAGACGCGUCCAAAACGAACAAGCCCUACACACGCCGCCCAAAGCCGCCCUACUCCUACAUCGCCCUCAUCGCCAUGGCAAUCCGAGACUCAUCUACCGGUCGCCUAACGCUCGCGGAGAUCAAUGAUUACCUAAUGAAAAAGUUUCCAUUCUUCCGUGGGAGCUAUACUGGCUGGCGAAACUCGGUGCGGCACAACUUGUCUCUUAACGACUGUUUCUUGAAGGUGUUGCGUGAACCCGCGCGCCCAUGGGGUAAGGACAACUACUGGAUGUUGAAUCCACACAGUGAGUACACUUUUGCCGACGGGGUGUUCCGUCGGAGGCGUAAACGCAUCGUCAGCAAGAAAAGAAGCCUUGAUGACUCUGGGAACCCAGUAAAUGAUGCCUGUAACCGAAAUCAUGCACAUGCGCCGGCGUCAGCUGUUGUGCGUAACGAGAGCAGAUUCACUGGCCCGUUCGCCAUCGAAAGCAUCCUCAGCACCACUGCUACGCACAGUCGACGAGAUAAGGUCAAAAUGGACUGCAAUUCUAGACUUGGCAACGUAUUUCACUGGACUCCGGUUCAGCAGCUGCCACAUGUCAUGACUUAUCUCGCUCCCUGUGCCGCCCCUACCACGGAUCUCCAGAUUGGUACCGGUGCAGGCAGCGUUGCAUGGUCAGAGACGCCAGAAGUCCCGAGUGUCCUGGUGGCUGCACACACGAGAAUCAGUUCUUCCCACAUGACGUCAGAGGGAUUCCCUCCGUCUCAUUCCAGGAUACAGACGGCUGCAGUUCGCACCAACAACCAGUUCUCUUUCAGAAUAGAGUCCCUCCUGUCCUGAGUCUUUCUCUCCUUGUUUUAUGUCGAACUUGCAUAAUGGUUUCUAAAUUGUGAUCUGGAAAGAACAAAAGUCUAUCAUGGGUCUAUGUGCAAAUAAGUUGUUGUAGCCUACUCAUGUGUUUGUGCGCGGCUUCACGUUGUCUGUGUUUGUGAUUUUUGUUAAGGCGUAUAAGGUCAAAUAGGCAGCCCCAUCAAACUGCUAUUGAUGUUGAAACCUACUAUUAAAAUCUUAAGUAUAAAA